UGUAUUGAGUAAUCAGUGCUUUUCCAAAUAAUAAUCUCUGGUGUUUUGUAAAGUAAUUUGUAAAUUGCUAGUUUCAUUCUGACUGCUGUCAUUAUAUUUAUUGCAGGGUUUCCUCUCUUCUGUGGGUGGUGAUUUGUGUAACCAGUUCGGAUGCUCAAAAUAAUUUUUCAUGCAUUUGCUGUUAUAAUGUGCACUGUAAUUGCCACACUUCGCUCUAUUCUCACCCAGUAUGUGUACACACAUUGUCUAUCGGGAUUCAUUUGGGAGUAUCAGGAGUGGACUCCCCCCUCCUCUAAAUAAGAAAGGCACUGAGGUCAAAUAUUGCAGCACUAUCCCCACAUGGUUUAGACCAGCUGUCCCUGCGGUGCAGAGUCCGGAUAUCAGAUCUAUAACUUUCCUCAUCUGUGUAGCUCGGUGCUUGCUGCAGGUGCGUUUUCUAACGGCCAAAAUCUGCCGACUUGGUGUCAAGAAAUAUUUCUCACGUCCUGCGAGUGAAAUCAAACAAGUUAGCAGCCCAGAAAGGGGCCUUUCAGCCAGUCGUAUCUGCAGUCAACAACUCGUCAUCCACUCGCAUCCCCCUUUUCAGUUCCUGCUCUGUAGCCUGGUAGUUCACAGCAAUUCCAGGCGUAACAUCUAACGAUUUGUGCCGAGAGUGUGUCUCACAGCCAUGUGCGGGCGUACUGCGUGCUCGCUGGCCGCCGACCAAAUCAGACGUGCCUGUGCCUAUCGAGAUGGGCGAGGGAGGAGGAGGGCCCCAGAGUGGAGAGGUGGUGACCGUGAUAAGUACAAGCCUUCUUUCAACAAAAGCCCACACUCCAACAACGCAGUGCUGGUGUCCAAAAGGCACUUCCACAAAGAUGCAGAGAGUGCUGAGCAGCUGCUAGCGGCCAUGCGGUGGGGUCUUAUCCCCUCCUGGUUCCGAGAGAGCGAUCCCUCCAAAAUGCUGUACAACACCAGUAACUGCCGUAGUGACGGGAUGCUGCACAAGAAUUCGUACAAGGAUCCCUUUAUGAAAGGACAGCGCUGUGUGGUGUUGGCUGAUGGGUUCUACGAGUGGCAGAGGCAAAACGGUGAGAAGCAACCUUACUUCAUCUACUUCCCGCAGACCUGCGAGAAAGAGGAGGAAGGUGAGGAAGAGUGGAAGGGUCGAAGACUGCUCACUAUGGCUGGGCUGUUUGACCACUGGAAGCCACCAGGAGGCGGUGAUGAGCUUUACACCUACACUGUCAUCACAGUGGAAGCUUCCAAAGCCAUGGACUGGAUCCACGACAGAAUGCCGGCAAUUCUGGAUGGAGAGGAGGCUGUGAAGAUGUGGUUGGAUUAUGGACAGGUUCCAGCCAUGGAAGCUCUCAAACUGAUCCACUCAACAGAAAGUAUCGCGCUCCACCCGGUCUCCACUGUGGUUAACAAUUCCAGAAACGACUUCCUGGACUGUAUCAAACCCAUUGAACUGGGAGUUAAGAAGGAGAUCAAACCCACCGCCAGCAGUAAGCUAAUGAUGAACUGGCUACAAAACUCUCCGAAGAAGGAAGAAGCCGGCUCUGGGAACCAGCAAACUGUGAAAGUGGAGACGCCGAAGAAGAGCAGCGUGGGACUGAUGCAGAUGUGGCUUCAGAAAACAGAGGAGCCCUCGGCCAAGAAGAUACGCACCAGCUGAGGCCCAGCUCCAAGGGAGGGGCAUAGGGGACCAGGACCGGGUGGAGCUGUUCCCAUCCAUUAUCACAUGUCUGUUCCGACUAGCUUGCGUUGUUGGUUUUAUUUUUAGUUCGUUUCAAAGUUCGAGUUCUGAUGUUGUGCAUUUGUCUAUAACUGUUUGAAAGGGGGUGGAGGGGAGGGAAAUGUGAUUGGGCCGAAAUGAAGAAAGAUCUGACUGCCCCACCUCCCCCGUGCAGAAGUGAUGGGGCCCGGGGUUCAGGGAAGGGGCAGGGUCUUGGUUUUGACACAGGUUUGUUGGGUGACUCUCUCUAACUGGUGCAGGGGCUGGGACACGAGUAUUUACAGGGGGAGUGGGGUAGAAACUGCCCUGAGAGUGGGGGGGCAGGAGUGUGUGAGGGGCACGUCUGGAACAAGCGUUGCCUUGGCUGUGUUUGUGGGAAGUGGAGGAGGGAGAGGUCGCCCCAGUUUUCACUGUUCCUGGUGUGCAAUCAGAGCUCUGCCUCGAAUCCAAGGAGCAGAAGGUCACCUUCUGCGUUCGGGAUAGCCACUCUGGAGUGGGGGAACGGGAGCAAUGCAGGGAUUUGCUAAUCCCACUGCAUUCCAGAUCAUUGGGUCAGAACUCUCUCUCAGAACCCCCUCCUCGACCCUGGGUCCCAGGCUCUCUCUCAGCCCAUUGCUUCACACGUUGGCGAGCAAGGCAUUUUUGGGGGAAACUGCAUUUCUCACGUUGGAAGGACACCCCCACUGCCCUGCACUUAUGACAAACAUUAAAUGCAGACUCUUCUCUUCAGGCCCACUUGCAUUCCCCCCCUCCCUCCCCCCAAUCCUCCGAAUGUUAUCCCUCUCUCCAGGCGGUAGCUCUCUCCCAGGACCUACUGCCUGUUUCAGCCAAUGGUUCCUGUUUCUUGACAGUGAAGUUCAGGCAUUUCCUGUUUUGCUAUUGUAAUGCUUUCUGAACAGCUGUAUUAGUAAUUGUACAGCAACAAUAAUUAAAACUAAAUAAACGUC